AUGGAAGAUAACAAUUCCAGCAAAGAAGUGUAUUCUAAUACGACGUCUACGAUAUCUUCUAGAAUUACAGACCAAAAUGAGAUUAACCUGAAUGUGGAUCUCGAGAAAAACCAGACUGUGAGGGGGUCAGGUUCCCUGGAAUCACUACAAAAUGCCAAGAUACGUAUUCCCAAACGCAGUGAUGGUUCACCACUAGACUACCCCAAAUUAAACACUUACACAUUUGUACCGACCACAGUGCCGCCUUAUGUUCUCGAAGCGCAGUUUGACAAACUAAGACUCCAAUGUAGAAACGCUGUUGAUGGAAAUGUUACUGAUGAUAGAAAACUUCCGAAAGAAUUUAAGUGGGGCCAAUUUGCAUCUAGUAUUGGCAGUCAUUCCGCAUACACUAAAGACCAAAACGACAAUCAUUAUUUGAAAUCCUACGACAAUCAUUCUCUAGUUUCAUCUACCUCGUCAAAAAACGCAGCUCGUAGAGAGAUUCUAGGUGAUAUGUGCAGUGAAUGGGGUGGUGAAGAGCGUUUAGAAGGCGUACUACAUUCAGAAAUAGGCGCUAACUUGGAGUUCAAGACCACAGAAGAGAGAAAAGAAUGGUUAAAAUAUAUUGAAAAAGUGAAAGAUUUUUAUUACGGUGACAAGAAGAAGAACCCAGAAUCUCCUGAAUCAGUACAUAAUAAAAGUUACAAGUCAGAUUGGGUAAAUGAGCUUAAUAAAGAAAGAGAAAAGUGGCAACGAAUAAAACAAAGGAAGUUACAACAAUGGAGGCCUCCCCUGACGUCAAUAUUAUUAGACAGUCAAUAUUUAAUCCUGGGUUUAAGAAUUUUGACUGGCGUACUGUCAUGCAUUUCGCUUGCUUUAGCAAUCAAAAUUUUUCAAAACUCAAGAUCAAAUAACACCAUCAGUGAAAGCAAGAUUGGACAGCAGCCAAGCACUAUAAUGGCCAUCUGCGUUAAUGCGGUUGCGAUUGCAUAUAUUAUUUAUAUUGCACAUGAUGAAUUUGCCGGUAAACCAGUGGGCUUAAGAAAUCCCUUAAGCAAACUAAAACUGAUUUUGUUGGAUUUACUUUUUAUAAUCUUUUCAAGUGCUAAUCUAGCAUUGGCAUUUAAUACUCGUUUUGAUAAAGAAUGGGUUUGUACUUCUAUUCGCAGGUCAAAUGGAAGUACGUAUGGAUAUCCGAAAGUACCGCGUAUUUGCAGGAAACAGGAAGCUUUGUCCGCCUUUCUAUUCGUAGCCUUGUUUAUGUGGGUAAUUACUUUUUCAAUUAGUAUCGUUAGAGUAGUGGAAAAAGUCAGUUCAAUCACCAAUCGUAACUAA